AUGAUGAUUCACGAGAAACUGAUGUCCGGCCAAUUUUUGUUGGAUUUAAAAAAUGAUCGUACAGGCCUACUACAAGCAGCCGCCGCAGUUCACCAUCAUCAGCAACAGCCAAUGCAUUUACAGCCACCGUCCCCACCAAUGCCUGCAUUGGAUUUGUAUUCAGCCUACGCCUACCAGCAACAGUUACAACAGCAUCUCUUGAGCACGGCCAUGCCUCAGCAACACCCUACCACCCAUGGAACCGAAGUUCUUGAUUUGUCACGGCGCUGUGAUUCCGCCGAAACAACCCGUAAGACACCCUCACCGUACCACACCAACUCCAGUUUGGGCACAGGCUCUCCCGUUGGAUCGCCUGCAUCAAUGGCUUCCCAACAGGCCGCUGGUACAGUCGCUGCCGCAGCCUCGCUAUUGCCUGUCAAUAUUCUAUAUGCAGCCCAGUCCCAACAGCAACAAACCCAAAAUGGCCUUCCUUCUGGAUUAGCUUCAUUGUAUCCUGGCAUAUACUACUCCAAUGGUAUCAAACAAGAACCUAUGUCAACAACACCACCUCCAUCUGCGCCAAUGGCCCAAGCCGCUGCUAACGCCACAGCUGGAAAUAGUCUUCUGCAAACGUUUGCUGCCGCUGCUGUCGUUUCCAUGAAACAGGACAUGGCUGAACCUCAUUCGCCACAACAACAACAACAACAGCCCAUUACCGCAACUACUCCCACAAGCAGCACAAACAUUUCAACUCCCCUCGAUGUUAAAACCACCCGUCCAUUCAAAGCUUUUCCCCGUGACCCCUUGGUUAUUGCGGCUAAUUUUGCAGCAACCGAUGUUUUGCUGGACAAUCCUCGAGUGGAGCGAUACACUGAAUAUCGCAAACGAGUGCUCGAGCAAAUUCGCAGCUCAAAUGGUGGAUCCCGCACCGUCACCAAUCCAAAAAUGCGUCGCACAAGUUCACGCAGUGGCAGCAUUCAUGAAGGUUCGUCCAGUAACAACAGCGAGAACGAAGAACGCCAGCAGUGCGAAGAAUCCAGCGAUUGUGAUUCAAAUUCGGGCAAUGACAGUCAGUCAUCUGUGACCCAAACUGUCAGUGCAUCAGCACCCAAUGCUAGCGCCAAUGUCAAUACCCAAAAUUCCGUAUCAACCUCGGGUGGUAUUGUCAAAGAUGCAGCCUACUAUGAACGUCGCCGGAAAAACAAUGCCGCAGCAAAGAAAUCCCGUGACCGCCGCCGCAUCAAGGAAGACGAGAUCGCCAUUCGUGCCGCUUAUCUGGAACGCCAAAACAUCGAAUUAUUGUGCCAAAUCGAUGCCCUCAAAGCGCAAUUAGCCGCCCUUACAUCAAAAAUGUAA